AUAAACGUAACUGACGUAGUCCAAAUCAGUCCGGAGGAUAGCAACUCUAUUUUAAUUUGUUUAACAAUUUUUAAGCCAGUACGCAAGGUAACGCGGCGGCGCAUAAUACAUUUCUAGCACAAUUAACACUUAGAAGCGCGCAAAAUGGCCGAGGUUGAAGCCGUGCAGAUCAUUGCCGAGUCGUUGAAGCAACAGGGCGUGGAGUAUGUCUUUGGCAUCAUCGGCAUCCCGGUCAUCGAGCUGUCCAUGGCCUUCCAGGUCGCCGGGCUGAAGUACAUCGGAAUGCGGAACGAGCAGGCCGCCUGCUACGCUGCCCAGGCGAUUGGCUAUCUGACUGGAAAGCCCGGUGUCUGUCUGGUGGUCUCCGGACCCGGACUGCUCCAUGUGACAGGUGGCAUGGCCAAUGCCCAGGUCAACUGCUGGCCCCUGGUCGUCAUCGGUGGGGCCACCAACCAGGAUCACGAGGGAAUCGGCGGCUUCCAGGAGUGCCCGCAAGUGGAGCUGUCGCGUCCGUACUGCAAGUACGCCGCCCGUCCGGCCACCGCCGCCCUCAUUCCGCUGCACGUGGAGAAGGCGGUGCGGUAUGCCACCUACGGACGCCCUGGAGUGGCUUAUCUGGACUUCCCCGGCAAUAUCCUGCAGUCCAAGGCUCAGGAGGCCCGCAUCUACAAGGCCCUGGCCCAUCCGGCUCCGCCACUCGCCUAUCCCCCGCACGAUGAUGUGAUCCGGGCCGCCAAGCUGCUGCGUCAAGCCAAGCGACCACUGGUGAUCAUAGGCAAGGGCUCCGCCUAUGCUCAUGCCGAGAACACUUUGCGGCACUUUAUCGAGAACACCAACCUGCCCUUCCUGCCCACCCCAAUGGGCAAGGGCGUGGUCUCCGACACGGCGCCGCAGUGCGUUUCUUCUGCUCGAACCCUGGCCCUGCAGAAGGCCGAUGUGGUACUGCUCCUGGGCGCUCGCCUCAACUGGAUCCUUCACUUUGGAAAGGCGCCGCGUUACGACAAGGAUGUGAAGUUCAUCCAGGUGGACAUCAACCCCGAGGAGCUGCAUAACUCGGUGGUGGCCUCGGUGGCCAUUCAGGCGGACAUCCGCCCGUUCGCCGAGCAACUUUUCGAGCAGAUGAACGCCGUUAACUUCCGGUUCGGUUACGAGCAGGAUUGGUGGAAGCAGCUGGCCAUCAAGUGCAAGCAAAACCGCGACGCUGUGCAAAAGAUGUAUUCGAACACGGAGACGCCGCUCAACUACUACGCGGUGUUCCACCAUCUCCGUGAGCUGCUGCCCAAGGACACGAUCAUCGUCAGUGAAGGAGCCAACACCAUGGACAUUGGUCGUUCCAUGCUGCUGAACGAGCAGCCACGUCACCGCCUGGAUGCCGGCACCUUUGGCACCAUGGGAGUGGGUCCUGGAUUCGCCGUGGCCGCCGCUCUUUACUGCCGUGACUUUGCCCCCGGAAAGCGUGUGCUGUGCGUGGAGGGCGACAGUGCCUUUGGAUUCUCGGGCAUGGAGAUUGAGACCAUGGUUCGGUACAAGCUGCCCGUGACCAUUGUGAUUGUGAACAACAACGGCAUCUAUGGCGGCUUCGACAAGGACACCUUUGAUGCCAUUCGUAGUGAGGGCGAUCUUACCCAAAUUACACCACCCUCGGCAUUGGGCGUUCAGGUGCGCUACGAGGAGAUGAUGAAAAUGUUCGGCAUGCAGGGCUACUUCUGCACGGAGAUCGAACAGCUGCAGGCGGCUGUCAAGGAGGCCAAUCAGCUGAAGGACAGGCCGACCAUCAUCAAUGUGGCCAUCAGUCCGCAAUCCGACCGCAAGCCGCAGUCCUUCAACUGGCUCACCGAGUCAAAACUGUAGGAUACCAUCUACGUUUAGGUCUUAAGCACAAAGUUCACCAUUCCGAAAGUUAUAUUGCCACGAAUUUUUCUGUAUAUACAUGCAAUUUUUGAUAC